GGAAGAUUAAGCCGUUGUAUUCAGUAAAACUCUGAAUUCAAAAGUAUUACCUAGUUUUUUAUAUUAAUAUUGUUCAAGCGUUAAAAAUGAGCAAAGCUUUACAAAGCCUAACUGCACAGUACACAGAUUCUGAAAAUGAGGGUGAAGUGGAGGAAGAAAGCCCAGAUUCAUCAAAUUCGCAAGCAUCUCAGGUUAUUAUUCCAAAACAACCCAGUCCAAAGGAAGAAAAAAUAAUAAUAGAAAAGUUGCCUAAUCAGAAAGAAAAUAAACGCAGGAAACGCAAGAAGUCGGUGCGGCGAUUAGUUAGUUAUCAGGAUGACACAGUAAUAUCGGAUGAUGAUGAUGAAGAGGAAAGUACAUCAUCAGAAUCAAGUAAUCCCUCAGAAGAAGAAGGUGAAAACGAUGAAACUAGCUCGCAUAGUAAUGCACAAACAUCAAGAGAUACCACAAACAGUGUACAAAUGGAAGUUGACGAAAAUAAUGAUUUGGCCAAUGACACAAAAUCACCAAAAAAAGUUGACAAAAUGAGUAAAUAUGCCCACUAUGGGUUUUCAUUACCUCCAGAGCCCAAAGGAAAGCCUUCAGUUGAAUUAGUUGAUAAAAUAAAGCAUUUAUAUGACAAGAUGGAAACAACCAAUAUGGACAUGAAUCGCGUUAUACAGGGGCGCAAGGAAUUUCGUAAUCCGAGCAUAUAUGAAAAACUGAUACAAUAUUGCGACAUAAAUGAGUUUGGCACCAAUUAUCCACCUGAAAUUUAUGAUCCAUUACAAUGGGGUCCAGAAAGUUACUAUGAGGAAUUGGCUCGUAUUCAAAAAAAUGGAAUGCUCAAACGACAAAAGGAACGUAAGGACACAGAUAAAAUAGAACAAGCGACGGCGUUAGCUCGUAAAGUCGAAGAAGAAGCUAAGAGACGAAAAUCAAAGUGGGAUCAACCAGCAGCAUCCGUUAAACCUAUUCCGCCAACACUAACCACCACAGUUACCGGAACCAAAGGUACGGUAAUAUCGGCUUUUGGUUCUCUACCGAAGAAACCCGCAGUUUAAAAUAAAAUAAUAAAAAUUAAUAUUCAGUAAAUAAAACUUUAUAAAUCUUA